AUGUCGCUUAUCCAACUCCAAUGCGGAGCACAAACAUACGACUGGGGCAAGCUCGGAUCCAGCUCGGCCGUGGCGCGGUUUGCCGCCAAGUCGGACCCUUCUCUCACCAUUUCGGAGGAGACGCCGUACGCGGAGCUGUGGAUGGGCACCCAUCCUUCGGUGCCGUCCAAGGUGCUGGGCGACACAAACAGCACGACUCUGCGUCAGUUGAUUUCUGCGUCACCCGACAAGCUGCUGACUCCCGCCGUGGAGCACAAGUUUGGCCCCGAGCUGCCGUUUCUGUUCAAGGUGCUGUCGAUCCGAAAAGCCCUGAGUAUCCAGGCCCAUCCCGACAAGGAGCUCGGAGCCCAGCUGCACGCGUCCGACCCCGCCCACUAUCCCGACGCCAACCACAAGCCCGAAAUGGCUAUUGCUCUUACCGACUUUGAGGGUUUCUGUGGCUUCCGACCUCUGUCUGAGAUUGAGCACUUUCUCGAGACCGUGCCCGAGUUCCGGGAGCUUGUGGGCGACGAGUCUGCGAAGCAGUUUGCUUCCGAGCGAUCUGCCGACCCCAAGAAGGCUCUCCAGGCUCUGUUUGGCCGUCUGAUGCGGUCUUCAGACGACCUCGUGGCCUCCAAGGCCGCUGAUCUCGUCAAGCGAGCCGAGUCUGAGGGCCCCAAGUUCGCAGGUGGCGCUCCCAUUGGCGGCACCGAUCUCGCCAACCUGCUGGUGCGACUCAACGGCCAGUUCCCCAACGACAUUGGCCUCUUCUGCGGCGGCCUGAUGCUCAACUUUGUGCGUCUCAACAAGGGUGAGGCCAUGUUCCUGCGGGCCAAGGACCCUCACGCCUACAUUUCUGGCGACAUCAUUGAGUGCAUGGCUGCUUCGGAUAAUGUGGUUCGAGCAGGCUUCACCCCCAAAUUCAAGGACGUGGACAACCUCGUGGACAUGCUCACCUACUCCACUGCCCCCGUGUCCGAGCAGAAGAUGGUGGCUCAGUCGUUUCCCCGGGCCCAUGGCGCUACGGCUAAGCUGUUUGACCCCCCGAUCAACGAGUUUUCCGUGCUGGAGAGCGUUGUGCCCUCAGGAGAGACCCAAACUGUGGACGGAAUCGAGGGUCCCUCUGUGGUGAUAAUUUCGCAGGGUGCAGGCGAGAUCACCGUGGCUGGCGAGUCCAAGAAGCUUGAGGAGGGCUACGUCUUCUUCAUUGGCCCCAACGAGAAGGUCGAGGUCAAGAGCAGUGGGAAGGAGGACUUGACUCUGUAUAGAGCUUUCUGUGAGGUCAACUAA